AUGGCCGCCGUCCUGUAGCCGUUACUUAGCUGCUGUCACAUGAACGAUUAAAACUUUACACUUUAAAACAUGUCGACCGUACUUUUCCUCAAAACCUCGCUCAGCAGACUGCCGCCGAGCGUCGCCCGGCAGGUUGUCGGCUGCUGUUAUCACACCGAGAAAGGUGUAUACGGCUACCGACCCAAACAGACCGAGAGGGACCACAAGUUGCAGAGCGAUCGCAUCGCGGCACUAAAUCAAGAUCAUGCUCUUGCCCGUCUGGUGGAGGCAUACAGAGCACAUGGACAUAAGGCUGCUAAAAUUAACCCCUUACUGCCCCAAAAGCCUGUGGUUGACAGUGUCCCGGAGAUAAACAUGCUUACUGGCACCAUAAGAGGACAACUCAACACCUCAGGUCUACAGCACUUUGGAAAGGCGGAGGCUUCAGUAGAAGAGGUUCAGGCCUACUUGGAAGAAGCCUACUGUGGCCAGCUGUCAGUGGAGACCAGCCAGCUGAGCAGCCUGGAGGAGAGGGAGUGGUUUGCUGACCGCUUUGAGGAGCUCAAGAGGAAAAGUUUCUCCCCUGAGGAGAGGAAGCAUCUGGCCAAGGUCAUGUUGGAGUCUCAGGAGUUUGACCACUUCCUGGCCACCAAGUUUGCUACUGUGAAACGUUACGGAGGCGAAGGAGCAGAGAGCAUGAUGGGCUUUUUCUACGAGCUUUUCCACCAGUCGGCCCUCAGCGGAGUCACCGACGUUGUCAUUGGCAUGCCCCACAGAGGCCGACUGAACCUCCUGACAGGCCUGCUGAAGUUCCCACCAGAGCUCAUGUUCCGAAAGAUGCGUGGCCUCAGUGAGUUCCCUGACACUUCACCCUCCAUCGGUGAUGUCCUCUCCCACCUCACCUCCUCAGUGGAGUUGGAUUUCGGAGCCGGACACCCUCUUCAUGUGACCAUGCUGCCUAACCCAUCUCACCUUGAGGCCAUCAACCCGGUGGCUCAGGGCAAAACCCGAGCCAGGCAGCAGCUCAGGAAAGAAGGGGACUAUUCGCCCGAAGACAAUGCCCAGCCAGGGGACCAAGUCAUCUGUCUGCAGGUCCAUGGUGAUGGCUCUUUCACAGGUCAAGGGAUUGUUCCAGAAACUCUGACCCUCUCAAACCUUCCUCACUAUAGAGUCGGAGGGAGCAUCCACCUCAUUGUGAACAACCAAGUGGGUUACACCACUCCAUCGGAGAGAGGGAGAUCCUCUUUGUACUGUAGUGAUGUUGGUAAGAUGGUGAACUGUGCUGUGAUCCAUGUAAAUGGAGAUAAUGCAGAGGAGGUGCUGCGGGCCACUCGGCUGGCUGUAGACUACCAGCGGUGUUUCAGGAAAGAUGUAAUCCUGGAUCUGAUCUGCUACCGUCAGUGGGGCCACAACGAGCUGGAUGAGCCUUUCUUCACCAACCCAGCCAUGUACAAGAUCAUCCGCUCCCGUAAGAGUGUCCCAGACUCCUACUCAGACCAACUGAUCUCUGAGGGUCUGAUGACUGACGCUGAGCGUGACGAGAUCAAAUCCAAAUACUACGGCAUGCUCAACGACAAGUUGGCCAACAUGACGCUGUACAGCCCACCACCCACCAACCUGCAGGGCCGCUGGGGAGACCUGGUCGAACCCCAGGCCAGGGUCACUACCUGGGACACAGGUGUCCCCAUUCCUCUGCUGCAGUUUGUAGGAGCAAAAUCUGUGGACAUCCCUGAACAAAUCCAGGUGCACAGUCACCUUGGAAAGACCCACGUGCAGGCUCGGUUGCAGAAGUUGGAAGAGGGCACCAAACUGGACUGGUCCACAGCAGAGGCUCUUGCUUUCGGGUCUCUACUCUGUCAAGGCUUUAAUAUUCGAAUCAGCGGUCAGGAUGUUGGAAGAGGCACGUUUAGUCAACGCCAUGCCAUGGUGGUGUGUCAAGACACCAAUGACAUGUACAUCCCUCUAAACCAAAUCAGCCCUCAGCAGACAGGUUUCCUGGAGGUGUGUAACAGCCCCCUGUCUGAGGAGGCGGUGCUUGGAUUUGAAUAUGGUAUGAGCAUCGCACAGCCGAAGCUGCUUCCUAUCUGGGAGGCUCAGUUUGGGGAUUUCUUCAACGGAGCGCAGAUCAUCUUUGAUACCUUCAUCUCUGGAGGUGAAGCCAAAUGGCUGCUACAGUGUGGGAUGGUGAUCCUGCUGCCUCACGGGUACGAUGGAGCCGGACCUGAACACUCUUCCUGCCGUAUGGAGCGUUUCCUCCAGAUGUGUGACAGUAAAGUGGAGGGUGUGGACGGCGACAAUGUGAAUAUGGCUGUGGUCAAUCCCACCACUUCUGCUCAGUAUUUCCACCUGCUGAGGCGACAGAUGAUCCGAAACUUCCGCAAACCUCUCAUUGUGGUUGGACCCAAGACACUGCUCAGAUUUUCUGGGGCAGUGUCCAGUCUGACUGAAAUGGCACCAGGAACGUCUUUCAGACCAGUGUUAGGUGACACUUCAGUCUCAGCAGAAAGUGUCCAUAAGGUGGUGCUGUGCUCAGGGAAACAUUACUAUGCCCUGCUGAAACAGAGGGAGGCCUCAGCAGCAAACCAGAACACAGCGCUCAUCCGUGUGGAGGAGCUGUGUCCGUUCCCACUGGUGGCUCUGCAGCAGGAGCUCAAAAAGUAUCCCAAUGCCAAAGAGUUUAUUUGGAGUCAGGAGGAGCCUCAGAACAUGGGCCCCUGGUCUUUUGUAGCUCCCAGGUUUGAGAAGCAGCUGGCCUGCAAGCUCCGGUUAGUGAGCCGACCUGCUCUGCCUGCCCCCGCUGUCGGAAUAGGCACCCUCCACCACCAGCAACAAGAGGCCAUCCUCACAGCUACCUUCUCCUAAGACUUAACAAGACUGGGAACCAAAAUAACCAAGCUUCAGUACGACACUACAUACUGAAUCUACUGUGGUCCUCCCACCAUCAUCAGUAAGUGCACAGAGCUGCUGCACGGCACAGAUGGGACCGUUAGACGGUGUGGAUGCAUAGUUUUUGAAACAAAUUGGUUAGUAAUUUAAAGAACAAAUCAAAGGAAGUGUUAAAGAGAAUAGUGUUGAUAAUUUUAUUGUACUCUGAUAGUCAAACACAGGUUUUAAUUAUUAUGUGUAUGUGGUUUGAGGGCAAGGCCUGAAUCCUGGUCCACUUGUUUUUUUCCCCCUUCCUCUCGUUUAACAUGCCUAUUUUCUUUCUUUGUUUAAGGUUAAAGACACUAUGGUAAGAAAAAAGACAUUUGCUAAUUUGGUUCGUAUCUGAAUCGAGGCCUUAGAAACGAUGUUUACAGUGUGAUUGUAACAAAGAGGCACUUUUCGCUGACCAUCGUAUUUGUAGCACUUGGGGACUGUAUUUUGCCGGUGUCAAACCUCCACAUUUCAGGAAUCAAAACUAUGUAGUUGCCUUGUGCAUUUAGUCAUCUUGAGUUGUGAAUUUUUGUACUGUUGUGAACAGGAAAUAUCAGUGUAGCUUGUUAGAAAUCUCUGAGCAUUGUCCUUGUCAUAUUUGCAUAUGACGGGGAGUAUUUUAACUGGAUUUAACUACAUUUAAGAGGGAGAUGAAACUUUCUGAACAAAGGGAAUUAUUACCAUUGUGACUGUUAAAUGUUUGUCCCACCAAGAGUUUAUCUGGGCAUUUCAUGGUACAAAUUUGGACUUUAUCAUUUUCAUUAUUUAAUUAUGGUUUAAACUGAGGCAUGAGUUCAAAGUUCAGACACUAAAGGGCCGAUGUAAAUAAAAUCUGAAUAUUAAAAUGGAAAUAUUUUCAAAUAAAACU